GGGGCCACGUGGUUUUCAAUCCCUGGUUUCUGAUUGGAUCAAACUGUCCUAGCUGUCAAUCAUCUAAGUAAAUUCUACGUUCCAGCACUUUGAGAGCUUUUGUUCCGUCAGUGUUGUUAUUAGUGAAGAGUGCACAUGGAUUGAGCGACGGCGAGUGGGAAGGGAUACGCAUUGCGCUGCUACAGAUCCUUGCAAGGAAUUUUCUAGUUUCUUUUAUUCGCGUUAUGAGUUUGGACACGUUACUAGAAGCCGCCAAGUUCGUAGAAUCUUCUUCUCGAGGAUCAUCUAAGGACGAUUCGGCAAUCGCACGUGGUACGGUCGAGUAGCCAUGUGCAAAUAUUCUGUUGGUGUGAAGGCCUGUGUUAAAAUUCUUUCUACGAUCACGACAAUUUUCCGAUGACAAUGUAUUUGGUCUCUCUUUAUGCAUUCUAGUUCACUCUCCCUCUGUUCACACCGAAAGGAGAAGAGCUAUUUCGGAAUGCGAGCCCCUUGAAAGACGACGAAGACCUGGAGGGUAAGUUCAUGUAGAUGCUUGCCGCUCUGGAAGAAAGCGGUCACGGUGGUAGUUUGUUAUGCUGGGCAAGAUUUUCAAGAAAUCUGUUUUCCCUUCUAGGGCCGGGACUAGAGAAACGCACAACAAACUAGAGAAAAACAGGUAAGUGAUUUCUCAAGUUGAAUUCAUAACAUUGUGAGGGAACCAGAUUUUAGUUUAUCUGCACGCGAAGCAUAUUCUUCAUAUCAUGGCGGUCGUGUUAACUUGUCUGCGCCUUGUACGCGGAGCUAUGAAGCUUUGACUGUUGAACUUUGUAUCUCUUAUUCUUCCCUACUUUCUGAAAGCAACAUAUUCUUUCUAUUUGUCAGAUCACUACUAGUAAAAUUCUUUACUGCGUGAUCUGAUGAGGUUACACAUAAAGUACCGAUAUAAGCUUAGAGAUGAGAAAAAUCAAGCUGAAAGUUGAAUUUAUAAUUGCUUAUUUUAUUUGCACAUCCAGACGUGCGCACUUGAAAGAAUGCUUCGAUAUCUUGAAAAAAGAAGUCCCUUCACUGGAAGAUAAGAAAACAUCAAACCUAAACAUCUUGCGAAGUGCGCUCAAGCACAUACAGGUGAGGGGACUGUUAUUAAUUUUCCUCAAUCGAACGUCGAUAGGUAGUAUAGUUUCUUGAGAUAUGGUUGGCAACUGUUCUGUCUGUAUAAUUUGAAUUUGAAUAGCUAUUGACUUUAUUGAACCUAUUGUGCAAGAUGCGAACAAGUUCAGGCAGAGCAAGCUGUGUGUCUCAGACGAGUUCACAUCGAACAUGAUAAAGUAAAACAUAUGUGUCUAAAUAUACAUUUAAUGUACAAAGUCCGUGUUAGAGUAAAUUAAUGUGUCAAUCGCUGGUUAGUGGCCCAAAAAAUGUGUGAUUAGUGCUUGUGCAUCGUUAUUAGUAACUGCUCUUUCUCCUAACCGCUGCAUUAAAUUUUACGUUUACUCUACACCCACUCAGUAGAAUAUCAAAAGUAUUACGUUACCGCAGAUGUGUUUGCCAAUAGCUAGUCAGAUUUUUUGAAAGUAAAUACUUAACUUUGUUGUGGUCGGCAUGGAAUUUUGUCCCACGAGAGUCACGAGUUCCGGCGUCUUUGUGUUUUCAUUUUCACGGUCGAGUAAUUUUUGUCUCCUUUUGUCAAUUCGGCGAUCUGAUGACUGAAAAUUUCCGUGCGUUUGAUGUUUCAAGGCUAGCUUGAAUCCCUCGAACCCAACUGAGUUGCAAGUAAACCCAAUCAGACGAUCGGAGGAAGCUAGUUAAUUUUUGGAAGCUAGAAUGGUUAUACUAUUGUCCAACUAAUGUAAUUACUCAGCAGAAUUCCAUUACAUGGCUUUAUUUUAAAAUUUAUCUUUCCAGUUAUAAGUUGCAAGCCUCAAGAGGUAACCUCUGCCAUGGAUUUGUUUUCCUUUGAAAGUCAUGCUUGCAAUAAUACUGAACUUAAGUCUUCAUAACUUCAUUUGAAAUGAAACUAGUGAAACUCUCGUUGACAAGACAGGCAAAUUUACUAAAACUGUUUGAGGUCAGUUUUUAAUUAAUGAUCAUGUGAAUUAAAACUCUGCAACACCUAGACUUAAACAGCUCAGGAGAAACUCAAAAUGUUUUUGUUUUCAUUUUGGACCCUUUGUGUCAGCUACAAACCUUUGAACAAAGGUUCUGUGUCUGAAAUGAGAAAAAAAUGUGAACAAUGUAAUUUAACAGGAAUUCAAUAGAAAAUGUCAUUAUAUUAUUGGCAUAUAACUCCUACAUAGAACAAUUAUACUUAUGAACAUUUAACAAUUCGUCACAAUAGAUUAUUAAGAACUAUUGUGGUCUCUGAGAACAUGUCUUAAGAAUCUAAGAGUUGAUCCUCUUUACUUUUGGAAACCUUAAGCAUUUGAUAAUGGUGUUUGUUUAUUUUAAUCUGAUUUCAAGGUUCUUAUGUUCAAGAGACCUUUUUGUUUACAACUAAAUUAUUUAAGUUCCCAAGAUAAAAACGAAAAACUAUCUCUUUGCAGUAUUGUUUUGCCAAUUGGAUCAGUGCAAGCUCACAGCAGCUUGGCAGGUGUAUUAUUAGGGGUAACAAGAUGUAAGCAGUUGAAAUUUAAUUUUAUGGGAUGAUGAAAGAGAAAAUCAGAUUUUGGCGUCAGUGAACAUGUUUUCAAAAUUUAUGUGAAGUAUAAAGCUUGAAUGAAAACAAGAACAGGAGUGAUUAUGCUUUCAUCAAUGGAGGGAGGCAUUUUAGAGGAGAAAAUUAUCACAGCAACUCUAUCUAUGAAAUGCUAUGCUUGAAAUAAGUGUCAAAAAGUAAAUAAUACAGAAUAUUUCUUUGUGUGACAGAUUUCCUUUUCUCAGUUUUGACUGAUUAUUUUGAGUGAAAUUACAGAGAAAAGUGCAGUACAAUUGGCUUAGUAAAUCCAAACUUUCUUUCCUUCAAAAGGAGUAGAGAAUUUGAUGCCAUUUUCUGUGAAACAUAAAUUUCAAAAAGUUAACAGGUUAGACCCUUAAACUCCCAUGAGUGACCAAGAUAAUUUCUCCUUACAAUAUCUAAACAAUAUCCAGCAGAUGAGUAUUUAGGGAAAGAAAAAUAUUUAUAAGGGGAUCAUUAAUUGAUCUAAUAUCCAAUCCUCCAAACUAUCAUCAUGAAAAUUGUAUAGCAGACAGUAAGGAGAUUUAGCAUUGAGAUCUUUGGAUCAAAGGGAUUAAUGGAAUGAAAAGAUCAUAUUAAGUAUGCUUUCAGAGAUCUCCCUGUAUACCUAAGUUGUCUUUAACUGUGGAUUCCUGUAUGUAAACUGUCCAAGCUGACCACUUCCAGCAGUGGUGUUUCUUCCUCUUCAAUGUAAUGAAGUAUUUUUGAAAAAAAAAAAAAUCCUCCAGAGAGCGAGGUGCAGUGGGUGUCACCUACCUGGUGGAUUAUGCGGGUAUACUCUCCUUAAAAAUAGUGAAUAAGUGAGUAUGUACUUUCCUUUAUCCUGAGUGAAAAUUUCCUCUGCUAUUCAGAAACAGCUUAAAUCACAUUUUUAAACCUGUGAGAAAUGAAAGCUUCAGUGUGAGAUUGUAAGAUUGAAUCCUUUUGUGUGAUGCAUAAGCACCUAAGGUUGAAUCUGUAUGUUUGAUGUGUGACUUGAGAGCCCUUCCCUUGCCUUUCAACAUUGACUCCUUUUCAUGCAACCCAAUUUUCACUAUUACUCAUUUUAACAGGGAGGGGGGAGAAUGAGUCAAUAAUCACAAUGUAGGUAUCAGUUAGGCUUGAGUUCUGAUGGAGGAUAAAUUGUUUUCUUCUUUUACGACUCCAAAUAUGAGACCAGUUAGGUAGAUGAAGCUCAAGAAUGACUUCAAAAUGACACACACUAAUUUGGGAAUAUUAACUUCCAUCUCAUCUAACUCCUUGUUAGGAAAAAUUUAGUGGAACUUUUUUGAACACUUGCCCAUGAGAACUUAAAAAUGAGAAUUAGAGGUGGAAAGUUUUCUUUUCUUUUGGCAGAAAUUUUGUUCAAAAUAUCUGUUGUGUUCAUAGCCACAACCAAGACAACUUGCUACUUGUGACCUCCAGGUAGACCGGGCAAGCUGGGACACAUGAUAGGAUAGUUAAAAAAAAACUCUUUGGUUUCUUAAUUGAAAGGUAUAGGCUUUGGGCUCAACAUGUGGCUGUGGUAAUUUCCAACAAAAAUGAUAAAGUAACCCAAGUAUGUUUAGGUCAGCAAGUGAAAUGUGAAAAACUGAGUGCUGAAAUUCUUGUUUCAGUUUAUAAAGAGUUGAAAUUUUAACGGUAUUUAACUAAUUUUUAGUUCCUGUAAUGAUGAUGUGGUUUAACAUAAGAAGAUGUGAUUAUGAGGGAGUUUGAGCAGUGUGUGGGAAAGCUUGAAGAAUUUUGGUAGAUUAAAUGGGUGAGGAGAUAUUAGUACAAGACAUGGUGUUAAGGGUUUUGUAGGAUACUGGUCAAUACAUCUUGAAUUUAAGAAAAAGAAGAAAAAAAAAAAACUUUCUCAAUUCCAAACAUCCUUGGUCGAUUGUCUGUGGCACAAGAAUUUUUUGCUGUGAUAGCCUGCACUGGUGCACUUGAAAAAAAAUAUAACAUAACAUUAACUCAAUCAUACACAAAAAUAGAAGGUUUAAGUGAAUCAUUGUAUAUUAGCCCAGAUCUUUGGUUGUUUAAGGGAGAACACUUGUAGUAAGUUUGAGUGUUAAUCCUUCAAGUUACCUUUGGAGAUAUUUGGAAUUUGGUCUUUGGAAAUUUUGGAACAUCUUCUGUAAUGUCUGGAUGUGGGCAUAUCACAGCAGGUUCUUAACAUCAUAUCUUUAACUUGAAAAAAGAUAGCAUUUAUUCAGUGAGUAAUUGGGAGCAUUCAGCUUCAGAAACACUGACUUUAUCUGCCUAAUGUAUGUUUACUGUUUUAAAAAAUGUUGCAUUUAUCUUUCUUGAAAUAUGAUGAUACAACAGGAACUAAUACAUUUGGCCAUGAAAUAAAUACAAGAGUAUUUGAGAGCAGUUUGUUGAAUAGCUUUUAUGACAAUGCUGUGUUGAAUAUAAUUAUACACCCUCACUAACAAAAAGGAAUUUUACAAACUGCAAAUGAUUAUUUCUGAAGCCAACCAGUCUUCCUGAAUCCAUUCUGAGUCCUUAUUGUUUAAAAGUGGCUCUUCUAAUCUCUGUUAAAUGUUAAGCAUUCAUAGAUUUUAAUAAAGGUUUUUGAGUGGUCAUGAUGUUGUAAUAGUAAUUUUCAAGUGGAGUAGAUGGCCAUUAGGUACCUCUUAAACUCCCAAAAGUGAUUUACAAGUAACUUCUCCCUACAAUAUCCAUGCACUAUACAGCAAACAGGUAAUGAAAAUACUCAAAUGUAUCAGGUGGAAGUUGUUAUCUUGAUCUAACACCAAAUUCUCAUAACUAAUUUACAAGGAAAUGUGUAGCAGCCAGAGGGGAGAAUGAACAAUCAGUUCUUGGGAGUUAAAGGGUUUCUAAUGGACAUUUUUGGAUAGGGGAUAGCAGAAACUAUUUUUCCUUGAAAGUAAGGUUUUUGGGAACUGAUUUAAAGCUACAUCAGAAUUAAGUACAUUUUAGACUGCUUUGUGUUAUGUUAACAUUUAAACAUGCAUACUUAAACUGUGCAUUUUCUGUGAAAUGCUUAACCCUUGACACUAAAAUUAGUAGGCAUAUUCUUAACACUGUUCUUUGGUCAUUUCCCAUGAUAUUAAUAAGAAGAAUUUGUCAAAAAAUCAAGAGUUUCUUUAGAUAGCGAUCACUUCGUAUAUUCUCAUGCCCUUAAUGUUUGAUUCAGAGGUGAUACUGUAAGGAGAAAUAAGAUAGCAGCCACUUUUGGGUGUGAAAUGGUGAACUGAGUUUGGUAAAGAUUACUGAAUGACAGACCAAUUGAUUGAGGAAUGACUGACUAAUUGAUGGAGUGACCUCAGUCAGAGAGGAGCUUAACCCUGUACAUCCUAACAUCAGCAUGCAUAUUCUCCAUAGUGUACUUUAUAUAUUUCUCAUGGCAAUGACAAGGAGAAUUUAGUUAAAAAUCAAGAGCUGUUCAAGUUUGCAAUCAUUUUCUUGAUUCUCAUAAGCCUUUAUGUUGGAUUCAGUAGUGAUAACCUAGUGAGAAAUUAGAUGCUAGUAACCCUCAGGGAUUAAAGGGUUAAAAUAAUGAGACAAAGGGGCCCUUUUUCCGUUUUUGAAAUUUUAGUUACAAUAUAGCAUGUUACUUUACUCGUUAAUUUGUCCUUAGACCUUGAAGAAGCGCGAACGUGAUUUUGAAGCAGAGAGAGACCUCCUUAAAGUCAGCAACAGCACCAGCAAGCAGCGAUUGAUGGCACUGAAGAACGAGUUGAUCCUUCAACAGGAACUUUUUAAGGCUUCCUCGCAAGGAGGCAAUAAUUCCAAGGCUUGCCAGCCUCUCAAUGAGACAACGUCUGUCCAGACCGAGGUAAAAGUGAAAAGCGAAGAAAAGCUGGCUUCGCCAGUUUCCGUUGCAACUCAGACCUCGUUCACUUCUGGUGAAGAAUCUGAUGUAGAUGGCACCAAAGUGAAUAUGGAAGGUGUCACCAACGGGAAGGUGGAACACUCCAACGUAGAGAAGCACGAGAAGGAAGCUUCUGAGGACGACGAGGAUGAAGACGUAGACGUGGAAGGAGAAAUCACAGACGACAACAUUGAGGAUGUGGAUGCCUCGGCGGCGGUGAAGGCGGAGGUCGUGAAGUUACCAGAGCCUGUGGGUCCUUGUGGAAAAGUCUCUUCAUCCAAAAGGAAAGCAGCAGCUGGAGAUGAUGGAAAUAAAUUGGAGGCCAAAAAGACCAACAUCAAAUGCUGCGCACGUGUCAGCUGUUAAGCACGACACGUGACAAUUAUUUGAUAAGGUCAUGGCCAAUCUCACUGUUGUGUCGUUCAGUGACCAGAUCUUUCAUACCAUGUAUGGCUUCUAGGGGGGAGUGUGGUUAGUGAACAGAUCUGCAAUGCAGAUCGAGAGGUUGUAAUUUAAAUAUUUCCUUAGCUAGGUAUUAGGGUUUUCUGUUUUGUACGUGAAGUUUUAUUUUAGGUUCCCUCUUAGCCCGCUUAGCCUGAGCUUUGAUGGCCAAGCGUGAGAAGUCGGUAGCGGGUUGAAACACAAACACGCGCGUUGCUUCAAAUCAUUGGCAUCCGCCAACUUCAUGCAUUUUAGUGCUUGCUCAUUUGUAGCCGUCUGGCAGGUUCCUUAAAUGUCACCUGCGAGGGAGGGGAACAGCUACAAAUGGCAGAGGGGUGUUGUUAUCUUUUCGAAAAUAGGGUAUUACAUUGGCUCCAAGCUACUUGGACCGAAAAAAAAAUGAAUGUUUGGUUUUAGUUUAGUUAAUCAAAGUAACGGCUCUUUAGCAUGGCUGAAAGACAGUGUUACAAUUUGAUUAAGUGUUGUCUUAGAGGCGUUGCAAAGCAACGCGUUGUAACUUUUAUAACAGCUGUAAUGUGGGUAAAAAAACUCUCAGUUUCUCGACUGCUCGCACUUGAGUUUGACUAAAUGGCCCUCAUCUUUCCCCUUCGAUUUGGUCAUUUUCAAGAUAUGUUUACGCCUCGUGUGUCAGUGUUAAGUGUAUUUAAGGUGCUUUAAAGGGAAAAGAAAAGAACUUCCCCUAAACGAUUGUUCAAACGACUGAAAAAUUUCAUUCAAAAUCAUAAUUAUUAUAAUGAUCUUUGUACAAGGUGCGUUCGUCACGGACGACCCUUGGCGUGGUGUUAUUUUCUCUAACGUACUUGGCAGUGCUCAGUGUAUAUCUUUUUCUGAUCACAUUGGGUCGUUUAGAAAUGUCGUUCAUUCUCGUCGCAAUAUAACUAUGACAAUGGUUUGGAACAAAUCCAAACCAAAAAAUGAAGUAUUCGGUACAAACCCAGAAGUGAGAAACAGUUGCUGGGAUUUACGUGUAACACGAAUGACGUCGACCUUUACACCCCUCUUAUUUUAGGACGAAAGAUACUGAGUUUUACUUCAAAAGUGUUGUUUAGUAAGAUCAUGCAAAUUUAGGCUACGCCAAGAACUCUCUUGUACGGUAGACAGCACAACUGUUUUCUGUUUUAAACUUUUGUGGGAAAGCUAUAUAUGAAAACAUGGCUUAAAAUUCACAAGGUACAAGUUUAAUCUGUGAUGUCUGAUCAUAAUUCCGCCGGAAUUUGAUAUAAAAGGAAAACUCCUAAGCACUGCUUCAUAAUAUGAUGGAGUAUCGUUCUGUGCAUGACAAUUUCAACGUUCUUGAGCAGUGCCUUAAUUAAGUACCGUUUAUCACAGAGGACAGAGUAAUUGAAAUGGUUCGUUCCUUAUAUGUGCUCUGUGUGACUAAGUUCAAAACUUAGAAACUCUAGAAAACCUUUUGGAGCAACUAAAGUAGAUGUUUGUGUGGUGCUGUUUGUUUUAGGCUGUCGAUGUUUUUUAACAUGGAGUUCUGUUUUAAUGUAAGACUUUAGUGUGAAACGGUGCUAACCCUUGAAGAUCCCGUGCUUUUAAGAAAAUUAACGUUUCCUAUCUAA